CUAUUCCAUAGAAGAAGGAAUUCUGAGCGAUAGCUGUCCCUGCCUGGAAGACUGCGGUGGAUGGUGCUAAGACUGGUGUUUGGUCUGUUGAUGCGCUAAAUCUAUCAAGUUAUUUGACUGCAUCGUCCCCUCCCGCGACGACCAACGCUUACAUCGGUCAUGGCGGCGAGUGCGAAGAGAAAACAGGAGGAGAAGCACUUGAAGAUGCUCCGGGAAAUGACUAGCUUGCCUGCCAAUAGGAAAUGCUUUGAUUGCGACCAGCGCGGCCCAACCUACGCCAACAUGACAGUGGGCUCAUUCGUUUGUACCACCUGUUCCGGGAUUUUGCGUGGUCUCAACCCACCGCAUCGUGUGAAGUCCAUCUCUAUGACAACAUUCACACAACAGGAAAUUGACUUCUUACAGAAACACAGCAAUGAGGUUUGUAAACACAUUUGGCUUGGGCUUUAUGAUGACAGAAGCUCUGCUAUCCCAGACUUUCGUGAACCACAGAAGGUCAAGGAGUUCCUCCAAGAAAAAUAUGAAAAGAAAAGAUGGUAUGUCCCCCCAGCACAGGCCAAAGUCAUCGCUUCAGUCCAGGCCUCCAUCUCUGGGUCCUCUGCCAGCAGCACAAGCAGCACCCCUGAGGUGCAGCCUCUCAAAACCCUGCACCUGAGCAAGACUCCGUCCAACCAGUCCCCGGCAAUCAGCCGUGUCCAGCCACAGUCAGAGAAAAAGUUUGACCUCCUCUCUGACCUCGGUGGAGACAUAUUUGCAACUCCACCCUCUCAGACAGCAGGCUCCACCAACUUUGCAAACUUUGCUAAUUUCAACUGCCCUUCAGCGCAAAGUAACUCAAACUCAGACUUUGCCAAUUUUGACUCAUUUGGAAAUUCCAGUGGGUCCUCGUCCUCACAUUUCGGUACCUCAGCCCCCUCCCAGCCCUUCACUCAUCCCUGUCAUACAGGUGGCGGGGUGUCCGUGCCCUCGCUCUCCAGCGUGGCGUCGGCGCCCGCUCCACCCGCCACAUCCGCAGGGGACCGCUACGCCGCCCUGGCCGAGCUGGACAGCGCCCUCGGCUCCUCGGCCCCCACAGGGAGCGCUGCUCAGGGGGGCAUGUUUGGAGCAGUGCCAGGAGCCACCUCCGUGCCCACCCAGCCACCACUUCCUGUCAUGCAGCAAGGCUUUGUUGUUGCUCCAUCCACAAACCCAUUUGUAGCUGCUGGUAUGGCCCAUGAGCCUAUGUCCACCAACCCCUUCCAGAGUAAUGGCAGAGCAUCAGCUCCAGCCUCAUUUGGAACAGGCUCCAUGAGUAUGCCAGCAGGAUUCGGGAACGCCACCAGUUACUGCCUCCCCACCAGCUUCAGUGGGACGUUCCAGCAGCCCUUCCCAGGCCAGGCACCCUACGCUCAGCCCUCAGCUUACCACCAACAGCCCAAUGGCGCCGGCUUCCCUGUCUACGGACCGGCCAAACCUCCCAUGACCUCUUAUGGGCAGGGGAUCGCAGCCCCUGGCAUGUCCAACAAUCCAUUCAUGGGAGGUGCCCCCGCAGGAUCAUACCCCUCAGGAGGUUCUUCCACCAACCCCUUCCUGUGAUGUUCCCAAUUCAAAAGCACAGACGUGACAUCCAAGCACUCACAUACACUAAAACACACAUUCCAUGUCACCACGUACUCCAAACACCAAGAAGUCUAUAAAGGCAGGUUUUUAGAUGCACAGCACUGAGUGUCUUAUUGUUUUAAAGGAAAAAAGCCCUGUGAUGCAAGUCCAGAGGGAAGCCUCCCUUUCUCCUAGUGUUUUGGGAAAAGAGAAAAAAACGCCCUUUGAACUCACUGCCAUGUCAUGAAGAUAUACGUAUUUGUUAUGUAGCUUCAAUUCAAGUUACUUUAUAUGCUUAGAAAGUAAGCUCCUACUGCAUAUCAAUAUUUACAAUCCUCUUAAGCACACACUUUGUACAGAUUAAACUGUGCUCAGAGCACAGAGAAGACCGUAAAGAGAUGUACUUUUAAAAGUGGUCAAAUAUAAUGGUUCUACAUUGGGAACCUCAUUUCAUUUUGUAAAAAUAAAACCCACAUAGUAGAGGCCUUUCAUAUCAACCAGUUGGCCUACUUCCUGCCUGAAAGAGGUCAGAAACUCAUUAUGAGAAACCCAUUUUCAGCUUGCCACGAAACUGUUAGAGUAGUAACAUGAUCGACAAGCAAAUGUUCUGAACGUACCAGGAGGAAAUGUACAGUAUAGUCUCUUACAAACUGCUUAUGUCUGUAUCUGGACAGCUAAGGCAAAAUGUUCUCUGAUGUAUAACCUUGAAAGCAUUUUUGACUGUACGAAGCGCACUAUUAUGGACAUUAAGUCAGUUUGUACAUA